GUGUCCGGCGGGAGGCGGCAGCCGGGGCCGCGCAAGAUGGCGGAGGGCGACAACAACAGCGUCUACCAGCUGGCUUCAGAAACUGCUAGCUUGGAAGAGCAGUUGCAAGGAUGGGGAGAAGUGAUUUUGCUGACGGAUAAAGUCCUUCGCUGGGAGAGAGCCUGGUUUCCUCUGGCGCUGAUGAGUGUUGUUUCCUUUUCUUUUCUGAUGAUCUACUACUUAGACCCAUCAGUUCUUUCAGGUGUCUCCUGUUUGGUUAUGUUCCUCUGUCUGGCUGAUUAUCUUGUUCCUGCUCUUGCACCUAGAAUCUUUGGCUCUAAUAAAUGGACCACGGAGCAGCAGCAGAGAUUUCAUGAGAUCUGCAGCAAUCUGAUAAAAUCCCGUCGCCGGAUUGUUGGCUGGUGGAAACGGCUCUUCACACUGAAGGAAGAGAAACCCAAAAUGUACUUCAUUACCAUGGUUUUUUCUCUUGCUGUGGUGGCCUGGAUUGGACAGCAAGUUCACAAUCUCUUUCUGACCUAUCUUAUUGUAAGUUUCUUGUUGCUGUUUCCUGGACUAAACCAGCAUGGGAUCAUUACAAAGUAUGUUGGAAUGGCGAAGAGGGAGAUAAAUAAACUUCUCAAGCACAAGGAGAAGAAAAAUGAAUGAAGACCUAAUCUUUUACAAGAAUGAAAGUGUUCCUUGGGAACAGUUUUGAGAAUUAAUGUGUAAUUAAGAUAAUAGAAGUCAUAUUGCUCACUGGCUUUUUUUUUUUUAUUGGCUCCUUGAUGAAGUGAAAAUGUUACUGUAGCAACUGCUGUGGGUUUGUGUCUCUCUUGCUGUGCUGACCAGGGUCUGCAGCCAAUCUGAUGUGAAAGAUUUUUAUAUAUGAAGCUUAUUAUUAAGUGUCUUUACCCAAACUGUAAGAGGAUACAACAGCAGAAUUGAAAUGUGUGUUAGCAUUUCUGUAACUGUGUUCAUUUCACUGAUCAUCACUCUUCUAAUUACUGAUGGUUACUUUGUGGCUACAGCAAGUGUGAAAGGCAGUUCAGAAAGCUUUCACUACUUGGAGGCUUGUUGUUACUACUGAUCCUUGUGGAAGGAGGACAAUUAGCUGAGUAAAAAUGAUCAUAGCUGAGGGUGCAUACCCCAAAUCAGGGCAGAAGGUGAGCUCAUUGUCUCACUGAAUCCGUUUUGCUUCUUUUUGGCUGCGUAUACCAGGUGAUUUGUUGAGUAAGGGUCUGGAAUAUAUAAAUAUGUAGUUCAGUUAUUUAGCUGUAGUGUGAACUUCAACUUGUUGCACUGAGACUGUAGAGAAUCAGUUAAGGUGUGUUACCUUAACAGCUGAUUGUUCUAAAACCUGCUGUUGUCAUGGAGCUGUGUAGCACGUUUGGUUUGAUAUGAAUGUUGUUGUCUGGAUACAAAAUCAAGUUGAAUAUCCUUGAUUUAUCUGUGUAAAUAUGUCUGUCUGAAUUGUUUGUGCUUUUCUAUGACCUCUCCCUCCUUUUUUUAAAAACUGAACUCUUUUUCUUUAAAAAGCUAAAACCUGUGUUAAUGCAUUUUAAAAGUUGACUGUUUUAAAAUGAACUCCUCACCAUCUAUUGUAGCUGUGGAGUAGAUAAAUACAGAUUAAAGAGACAAACAGACUUUA